AUGAGGGAAUCAUAUUCCAUGUACCACCAAGAGUAUAUCAUAAUGGCAGAAUACCGUAUGUUACAAACAGAAAAUUUACAAGGGAUAUAUGUGAUACCUUCAUAUGCUAAUUCAUUAUUAUGGUUUGGUGUAAUAUUUGUCAGAUCUGGCGUAUAUGAGGGUGGAGCUUUUAGAUUUACCUUAACUUUACCAGAAAAAUUUCCUGAUGAUAAUGUUCCUGUUGUUACAUUUACAUCACAAUUGUAUCACCCAGCUGUUAAUGCGACUUCUGGAGAGCUAAUCUUAAAUGAAGUAUUUCCUCAAUGGGAUAAAAAACAGAAUCAUAUAUGGCAAAUACUUAAAUACUUACAUUGGAUUUUCAACAAUUUACACUUAAAAUCACCAGCUAAUAUUGAAGCUUCUGAUGCGUUUAAAACCAAUCGGAAAGUGUUUAUGGAAAAAGUUAAAGAAUGUAUAAUGUCCAGCAUAGAUCACAUUUAUGAUGAUCCACCUACUGAAGAUAAACAUUAUAUAACUUUUAAGCCCUAUGAUCCUGAAAUUCAUGAUAAUGCAAAAAAUGUAAUGCUAAAAUCAUCAAAAACAAAUGAAAGUUCACAUGGUAUAUCAUGGGUGCAGCCAGGUUCCUUUCAAUCAUUUUCUAAAGAAGAUACUACA